CAUCGUCAACCGUGACGGAGGAUCAGUGUCAUCCCUUCCAUCCCCCGGAUCCCUUCCCCCUCCGGACCGUCGCCUGAUCAUGAGCGCCGCCAACGACAAUUAUACCAUCCAUAAAGUGUCCUUGAAGCGAACCCGACAAGCCUGUGGACCCUGUCGGCGAAAGAAAGCCCGCUGCCCUGGAGAGAAACCGACAUGUUCUCUCUGUCAACGGCUAGGACAGAACUGCUCCUACGGGCUGCAGGCCCUGAACCGAGUCGGGACGCGGUCAUCGACGAGUCAUGGCCCGGCGCGCAGUGAGGCGCGCGAUGCCGACUGUCCGAGCUCGCAUCGCAUCCAGCGCAUCGAGGAUCGAUUGGAGGAAAUGACGCAUCUGCUCCAGUAUCUGCUCCACCACACCGUCGGCGACUGACCGUUGUUGAUUCGAUUGUCCAGGGAAAGCCUAUCCCAGGUCGGCGCUUUGACGACCAGGACCGGGGAGAAAUCGUCCGCUCCAGGACCUUUUUCGGGGCACAGUGAGAGGAGUAAUAGCAUUCCCAGGUUGUCGGAGAGCCCGGAAGAAGCCGAUGAGCCCUCCAUGUCGUCUCUCCCGCCGGAUUUUGUCAAAGCGGAGAUCGACGUGUACGUGACUUACUUCCACGAUCAGCCGUACUGUCUUUUCUCCCACGACUGGCUUCUCACCCACGGAGGCCUGCUCCCCGCGGAGAUCGCAUACCCGUUGGUCGCGUUGACGUCUCGCUUGUCUGGAUGCUCUCCUCUCCCUUUGGGCACGAGCAGGGCUCCCGCGGAGUAUUGCGCCGAGAAAGCUUGGGAGAUCCUAUCCCACUACCACCGCAGUGGAAAUGUUGGCAUGUCCGUCAUGCAGGGCACCUUCCUCAUGGCCCAGGUCGACUUCGCCGACGGGCGCCUGCACCGCGCGUAUCCGGCCGUGGCCAUGGCCAUACGAACACUCCAGUCCGCGGGGUUGAAUAAAGACCGCUACGCGCACUGUUUGAACACCCCCGAGGCGGAGGAACGCAUCCGUCUCACCUGGGCGUUUUUCAUGCUCGACCGCAGCUACAACGCCUCGCGCAACUACUCCCUCUGCCUGUCCGACAAGCACUUCACGCUUCCCUUCCCGUCACCCGACCCUGUCGCCGCCCACCGCGACCCACACUCGCCCAUCCGCGGCAGAUUGCUGGACGGCCCAAGUAAGCAGGGAGAGAAGGUCGACCACGGUGUCCUUGCCUGCCUCAUCCGUCUCUAUUCCAUUUGGGGAAAGACAACCGAGUACGUCUUCGCUCCGUCAGAUAAGAACGCCUUGCCCCCCUGGCAGGCCGGAUCCGCCAUGGCCCGCCUCGAGUCCGACUGGUUGCAGUUCGAGACCCAUUUCGCCGACGCCCAUCGCUACAUCCAGGUGGACUUUCAGCGACGAGCGCGCGAGGAACCCCAGGCCCGAGGAUACCUAGCGACGUGGCUGUACGUCCAGUUCCUGUUUCAUUCCGUCCAGGCCUUCCUGCAUCACCCGUUCGUCAUCAUGGUCAAGCUGCGCCAGAUGGACGGCAACAUCCCCAACACCUUUCUGCAGAAGUCCUACGAGAGCUCGCUGCUCCAUUCGCGGUGGAUCGCCCGCUUCGUCCGCGAGAUGUCCGAGGUGGGUUUUUGUCUAUACGACCCCUUCUUGGGCUAUCUUGCCGCUAUCGCGGCGACCAUCCAGCUCGAGCACACCAGCAGUCGGAACCAACAGGUCGCCAGCUUGGUGAACAAGGACUUUCGCACUUUGGUGCAGUUCAUCAACGGCCUAUCCGCUCACUACGACAACAUGGGCGUGCUGGCCAACCGCGUCAACGAGCUAGCCACUCGCCACAAGAACUACGGCUCCCUAUACUACACGCAAGACCGCUACUCAGGCGCCCUGUCGCGCAUGCCCACCCCGUCUAACAUCCCCCACAUGUCCCCCGACGACGAGUCCCUCAUGUGGCACAUUCUGGACCUCAGUUCGUGCGUACCACCGACGGACACGACGCCCCUCGGCGACCUGGCGCUCCCGCCGAACCCUCCCGCCCGACAGCCGCUCUCUGAACCGCCCGUGACGCCCACGCUGUCCGAUGACACCGUCCACGCACGACCUGCGGACCAUCGUGCGAAUUUGCCUCCGCUGUCGUCGCAGGACUUGCCGGCGCUCUACGGGCUUGAUCCGGAUGGGAUGAACGUGCCGGGGUGGCCGUUCGCUCACCGGAAUGCGAAUGAUGGGCUUGAGGCGGGCAUUCCGGAUAUUCCGGAUUGGUUAAUGUUGGGGGGGUAUGAGCAGCUUUGAGAUUUUCUUUCCUUUUUAUCUAGGAGUAGUGGGUUGUGUAUAUGUUUCUCUUGGGUUACUCCAGCUGGGGGGUCAC